AUGCCGCCNGGACUCAGCUACUACCGGAAAUUCCUCAAGAAUCUCGCCACCAAGGUGCGGCCUCUCAACUCUCUUCUCAAACAAGGCGUCCCCGUCAAGUACAGCCCGGGCAUGGUCAAGGUUGUCAAAACGUUGUUAAGCGAAUUCGCCCGCCCCCCGAUUUUGGCCUUCCCGGAUUGGGCAGCAAUCGAGGACAACAGCCAUCCUCUUCGUUUGUGUUCCGACGCGUGUAUCGACGGUUUUGGCGCCUCCUUGGAACAAGAACAGCUCGAUGGCUCGUUGAGACCCAUCGUGUACAUCAGCCGCGCUACUCUUCCUGCGGAGCGUAACUGGACCGUUUUGGAUCUGGAGGCUGGUGGCAUUGUUUGGGCCAUCAAACGCCUUCGCGGUUAUCUGUGGUCGACCAAGUUCAUCAUCUAUUCGGACCACAAAGCAUUGGAGAGCAUUGGCAAGGGGCCUGGUACGGUCGUCGGCGUCGACUUCUUCGGACCUCUGCCAGUGACUGCCAAGGGCAACUCCUACAUUUUGUUGUUCACAGACCGUUUCAGUCGGAGAGCCGACAUGUUCGCAGUUACAGCGGCGGAAUUUACGGCGAGAGGGACGGCUCACAUCUUCGUCAACCAAUACAUGACCAAGUGGGGAUGUCCGACUACGUUAUUGUCGGACAACGGACUGCAUUUCUGCUCGAAGCUCUCCAUGGCGAUCUACGAGGUGAUGAAGAUCAAGAAGGUCACCACCAGCUCCUACCACCCACAGACCAACGGCGGCACGGAACGCGUCAACCACACGAUGGCCCAGAUGCUUGCGGUGGUCGUCAACGAACAGCAAAACGAUUGGGACAUACAUCUCCCGCACGUUGAGUUUGCCUACAACAAGUCCGUGAACCAGUCUACUGGAUUAGCGCCAAACGAGAUCCACAUCGGACGCAUCCCGCGACUCCCGCUUUCGGUCUUCGAUCAUCCCACGGUAGGUGGUCAUCAAAGCUUGGCCCGCGAUCAACUCGAGUAUUGCAACCUGGCUGUCGAUCGCCAGCGCCGGGCCUACGAACUUGUCCGCGAGUACAACGCGCUGAAGAUUUCGCGAGUCGAACGCCGAAAUUCAUCCCUGCUGGACGCCAUCCACAAGCUCCCUCAGUUUACCGUUGGCGGGUGGGCUUGGGUGUACAACACGGCUGCUACAAUUCGACAGGGUGUGCAGAAGGACACGGACCAACAGGUGCUCAAGGCCAAAUUCGCACUUUCCUGGACGGGGCCCUACAAAGUUCUUGCGGUGGGUCCCACCUCUGCCGACGCCACUCCGGACGGCCGCCCGUUGGCGCAUAAACUCCUCUACCUGGACCUGCCUUCCGAUCUUUCCGGCCCGGCAGCUCGUUGUCGCGUGUCUGUCCUUCGUUGCAAGCCCUGUCGCAAUCCGUACGAGACGGACGACUUGCCGCAAUCUCUGCCCGCCGAGCUUUCGCGUUAUGUUCUGCACUCCUUCGGAGAUAAAUGUCCACCUUUCCACGUCACCGCGGAUGAUGUGUCGGUGCCUGUCGGGCGCCUCGAGGUCGACUACAUCUCGGGACAUCAACUGGUGCGGGGCCGUAGCGGCGUUCUCGCUGUCCUGUGCCAGACGCAUUGGGUAGGCCUGACUACUCCUUCAUGGGAACGGGAAUCCGACCUUGAUCUAUUCCGUCGACACAUCCUCUUGUACUGGUCCCGGGAGGCCUGCCAAAGCAAGCAGGGUAACCGUACAUAUCGAGUGGCUCGGACUCGCGCGGCACAGCGGGAGCUAGCCCGGAAUCGUGGAGAACGCUACAAUGUAUUUGCCUCCUGGGGCUGA